AACACACGCGAUCUCAUAGCAUGGCGAAGGGAAAGAGUCGAAAAGUGAGUUGCUGAAGAAAGACAAGACCCAGAUUGAUGCUUUUAGUAGAGCACCAUUAGUCCCACCGCUUUUUCUGUUUUAUUCAGGCAGCAAAGAGAGAGGAUGGAAGCAGGGAGGAAGAGGUGGGGGUGGUUUGUCAUGGCAAUUGGGUGAAGUAACUCUCUCUCUCUCUCUAACUGUUGUAUGUUGUUGGGACAGGGGGAGAUGAAGGAGAGGAGUAAGGAGAGAAUAGGGAAUGAGGGAAAAGAAUAUGAUGAUGGAGGUAGUAAGCCACAACCACCAGUUGCUAGGAAACAGCAGAGGUCUACGAGGAAUGUUAGAGGAAGAGGGAGAGAGGGAGGGGGACGAGGAAGAAUGCCAGUGCAUUACGUCGUCUUGCCAGCUCUGCUGUUUGGGGGUGUGGCUAUUGUCGUGUAUUUUGGAGAGAUGUGGUGGGCGGGGCCUGGAGUCAACAAGCCCCUCCCACUUCCUCGUGCAGUAUCGGAGACAUGGCGUAACGACAGUGUCUAUCUGACUAGACUCUGGGGCACAUACAGGUCCAACGUGUAUUUCGGGAUCAGGCCCCGCGUCCCACGCUCCCUGCUGGCAGGAAUAAUGUGGUAUAGUAACGAUGGUAGUGGGAGGAUGGAGAUACGCCACAGCUGUCAGCAUGGCGAUGAUCUGCGGCAGUAUGGGUGGAUACGACAUGAUGGUACCAGCUACGGACAGCAGAGGAUUGUCGACCAUGAAAUGAUGCUAGAGACAGAGUUCUUAACGAUGGCCAACACCAGUCUGGGGGAGACCUGGUCGGCUCGUAUCCGGGGGAAACCCCUGUCCCAACGACCAAUUCUGACUUCCCUCAUCGUCUACCUCUUCAACGAGGGGAAAGGAGAGAUGGCUUACAGAACCUCCGGAGGUCAAAGGUCACUGGAAGAGGUCUAUGGCCACACCCCCGAGUUCCGUCAGUUCAGACUGUACCUACCGAGGAAGACGGUGGCAGACGACGCCCACCAUAGCUACCUCGCUGCCCGCGUGGCCUCACCCACUCACUUGGACUCAUUCUUCAAGUCAGUAAUGGUGGUGGAAGAAGGGCCUAGAACGUGGCCACCUCUACCCUCCCUCCCUGGGGAAAUCACCCCUGACGACGGGGGCCCCCUCAAACCAAACCUCGUUGCCUACCAGUAGGUGACAACGACGGUUCCGUUUGAGUUGGACAUCGUCAUGGAGACGGGGUUGUUUAGCACGGUGAUGAGUGUGAGUGGUGAGAGGUUGAGCAGUGCGCUGGAGAAGAAGGAGAAGAACUUUGACCUCCGAUUCGAGGACACCUUCCACCUCAAAGAGAAGGGGUUUAAUGAGUCGGAGAUAGACUGUGCCAGAGCUGCUUUCAGCAAUCUGAUUGGUGGGAUCUCCUACUUCUUCGGCCAAUCAAAAGUUAUCAGUAGGGAUCUCGACGAACCGGUGGACUACUGGCCGGCAGAGCUGUACACGGGGGUUCCGUCACGUUCCUUCUUUCCUCGAGGAUUUCUGUGGGAUGAGGGUUUUCACCAACUCCUUGUGGCUCACUGGGACACCUCCAUCACCAAGGAUGUGUUGGCUCACUGGCUGGAUCUCAUCAACAGUGAAGGAUGGAUACCCAGGGAGCAGAUCUUGGGACACGAGGCCAGGAGUAAGGUUCCUCCUGAAUUCAUUGUCCAACACAACGAGAACGCCAACCCGCCCACAUUCUUCCUCACCAUGGAAACGCUGUUGUCUCGUAUGGAGUCGGAGGGGAGGGUUGACAUGUGAGUACCUCGACUCGUUUACCCCAGACUCCAAGUCUGGUACUCAUGGUUCAACUCCACACAGUCGGGGCAACGACCUCUGACCUAUCGUUGGAGAGGUAGAAAUGCCACCACUGACAGGGAACUGAACCCUAAGACACUGACGUCCGGGCUGGAUGACUAUCCGCGAGCCACUCACCCCGCCACUGAUGAGUACCACGUUGACCUCUACUGUUGGAUGACUCUUGCCAGUGGCGUGAUUGGCCAACAUGGCCGACCUCCUCAAUAAGGACUCCAGUUACUACUGGUCCACUCACAGAGCUCUAGCUGACCCCAGGAACCUUGACUCACUACACUGGGACAAACACACCAUGGUAACCCCUU